AUGUUGUCCUCAAUCAAGACCCUCUCCUUUCUCGCUCUGCUGUCCUUCCUGGCCAGCCCGGCUUCCGCGGUCACAUGGUACUUUUUGACCUACUAUCCGGCCAGCGGGGCCCAGUUCACCGAGUUCUCCGGCUCCAUGGUGGUGCCCACGCUCCCCAAGGCGGCCACCUACUACCUCUGGCCGGGGCUGCAGCCCACCGACAACUCUGGAGUCUACCAGAAUGUCCUCGACGGCAGGUCGGGGACAUGGUACUUCGGCUCGGGCUGGUGCUGCAGCAACCCGUCGCUGGCCUGGGGCUCCGGCUUCAACACGUACGCCGGCGAGACCAACACGUUCAAAAACGUGAGGGUCGACGGCACCAACUGGCAGUCGACCACCGUGCACGGCAGCACGGGCACGACCAAGACGGACUCGUUCGCGCUGAGCUCCAAGAGCUUCAACCAGGCCAUCUUCGCCAUUGAGCUGUACGAUGUUCCAUGGGAUUUCGGAGCCCUUACCUUCAAGAACGUCAAGAUUGUGGCGACAGGCAGCUCGAGCUCGUCGUGGUGCACCUCCAGUCCCAGUAACUACAACGGUGCGACCAAGUACACCAUCAGCGGUGCGAAGGCUUCCGUCUCGGGCACGACUGUGACCUGCACGAUCGACUCGGUCGUUCUGCAGGGCCCUGCUUAA